AUGAAAGCUACUAUUUCCGAGGAAGUCGGAAAAGCUUUAGAAGCUAGUCUACCGCAGUUCAUCGAUAGACUACAAACUACGCUUUUAGCGGUAAUAGACGAUAAGAUGAAUGAAAAGAAAUAUGCGGGUAAAUCGAAAGCGUGUCCAUAUAAUAAAUUUAUGGCAUACAAACCCUCGAUUAGCGACAUCGAAGGGGUAUUCGAAAGGACCCAUUACGAUGAGACUGAUUUCGUGGCAUACGGAACCGGUCAGUUAAGAGGCCAAGCUAAGGAUUGGUGGGAUAAUCGGAAGAAGGAACAGGGAAUCGAGGCCACUAGAAAUAUGACGUGGGAAGAAUUCAAAACUCCGUUCCUUAGACACCAUAGCCCGAAAUCUGUAAUUAAUAGGAUCAAAGAAGAGUUUAUUCAGUUAAGGCAUAGUGGUGAGUCGAUAGAGAAGAUUACGGGAAUCUUUCUUGAUAAGCUCAGGUUUUGUGAUGAGCUGGUUCAAAAUGAAGAACAGAAAAUCUACUAUUACUACAACAUGCUGAGUGCAGAGUAUAGGGAGUUCAUGACUCCUUCAAAAUAUGUGCAUCUUACUGAAAUAGUGAAUGCCGCACGUGAAAGAGAGAUUAAGUUGAAAAUGCAGAUUUAUAGGGGUGAGAGGAGAGCAUUUGAGAAAAAUACACUCCCCGCAAAGAAACAAAAGCUAAAUGAAGCUCCUAAGAAAGGCACUGAAAAAGGAAGAGCGCCUCAAUGCAAAAUUUGUGGAAAGAAUCACAAGGGCGAAUGCUAUUUGAAAAACAAACCAUGUCCUACUUGCGGCAAAGUGGGACAUGUAGUUGCAAAUUGCCCAGGGAAGGUGUCAGUAUGCUAUAAAUGUUAUAAACCGGGACACAAAAAGUCUGAGUGCCCAGAGUUAGUUGGAACUAAAGACACCACUGAUGCAAAGCCUGAUGCCCAGAAAGCGAAGGCUAGAUCUUUCCACAUGACAGCUACUGAGACUAAAACCGAACCUGAUGUCGUUUCAGAAGUAGAAAUAGAUGAUAAUAAAAGUUUUAUUGUUUGUGAUAUGUGUUGGAACUGCAAACUGAGCAUUGACGACGAAGAGUAUUUCGUUGACUUAAUUACCAUGUCAAUGGGAGAAUUUCAAGUGGUAAUCGGGAUGGAUUGGCUAGCUCGGUAUCACGCGAAAGUAAUAUGCAACCGUAAAGAGAUACAACUAAUGUCUCCAAGCGGAAAACAUGUUACUAUUUAUGGGGAGAAAAGCUGCAGCCCCAUAAUAUGUUCUUUCAUCAAAGCUUGCAAGCUGGUUCGACAUGGAUGUAAGGCGUAUAUGGCUUACAUACAUGAUUCGACUAAAGAGGCUCCAGAAAUCAAAGACGUACCAGUGGUAUGA